AAGCAGAAAGGCAGGAAAUGUGAGCGUGUAGUUUUCCACUUCCAUAAACAAGACCAGUGCCAGGGUUGGCCACCAGUCUGGUGCGCCUCGGAGCAGAGUCUCUGUCUGACCGAUACAGAAACCAGGAGAGAGAAAGAAAGCGCAAAAAGGAAAGAGGGAGAACAGGAAAAAGAGGAGAGGCAGGAAGAAAAGGAAAAUCCAUCACAAGAAAGGAAAGAAGGCACAACUUGAGAGAGGGAAAGAGGGAGAAGACAGAGUACCAGUCUCGUCAUGGCCGAGAACAACACAAAUCUCUUAUUGGAAAUACUUCAUUCUUUUGAUGCUGUUCCUCUGAUCAUAGCUUUCUGCGUGUCAAUGGCAGUGGGCCUGGUAUUGGGGGCCUUGGUCUAUGUGAUCCUGACAUGGAUGUCCCGACGGAGAGCAGGCUCCAUCAGCAUCACCCGACGCCCACCUCGCCGCUCACGAGCCUCUUCUCGCCCGCGCCCAGGCUUCAACCGUAACAGCAGCUACGAUCGCCGGAGCAACAACAGUUUGGUCAGCACCGCGUUCAUCUUCCACCGCCAGACCUCCGUCCCAGAUCCCGUGGACCACAAAUCCAGCUUCAGAGCCUUGACUUUCCACCCUCUGCUUCAAUGCAGCCCAAUUACUAGGGAGGCAGAGGAGGGGAGCCAGACCACGUUGCCUCGCACGCCAACCCUUAGUGCCUCGCUUGAAAUGGAUCAAACUGUGACCCAGCCAGAUGCCACGUCACCCGGGCCCGCGUCAUUUUGGAGCAACAGCAGUCUGAGGGGGUUUCAUGUUGGACAGACCCCACCACCAGCUUAUGACAGCAUUAUUAAGGCUUAUCAGGAAACGUGCACAUAGGAGGCACAAACUGAAUGAACCCAGAAAAGUAACUGGAUUCACGAAUGAUACCUCCUCACGGUGGGAAAACUGAAUCUCUGGUGUUGAAGUUAUCACUCAAAGGACUGCAUUUUUACAGAUACCCAAGCAAUAACACAAAUGUAGGACUUUGCAUUUAAAGCAACAUGCAAUUUUAUAUUCCCUUCAAUCUGUUUUAUAGACAGACAAAAAUUAUAUAGUACAGCCCUAUAAAGUAUUUUUGUCUUGUUUGAGAAUUCCUACCACCUUUUCCUCAACUCUACAAAAUCUGGAAUUCUACCGGAGAGAUGGACAGCAUCCUUCUGAUGAUAACUCGACUAAGGAAGUUAGAUUUUCUGAGGUACACAAACUUAAACAGACUAGACUGAAUGAAACUUGGUGAGCAGGUUUAGUCUGAACUGGAAUUAAAAAGAAAUUAUGGGCAAAUUUACAAAAAUUGGUGACUUUUAGAAUAUGGGGCAUGUUAACUCCAACAAUCAUCUUGAAACAUGCUGAAAAAUUUGGACCAAACCUGGAAUAAAUUCAGUUUCUUGUGGAUAAGGAAGCAAAGAGUUAAUCAAUUCUUAAUGUAUGUGAGACAGAAUGUUGAUGAACAGACGUUCAUGAACGCUUGGGUUUGGGUGGGAAAAGACGGCGUUACAUUUUGUAUCCUGUAAAGGCCACGGCAUUUAGUUUACAUAAUAUUCCAGUCAAACCAUUAGCGAGCCUCUGUGAUGUGCCCUAUGGAAGAGGUCCACGUGAAAGGCAGAAGAGAGGACUUCCAUCAAGAUAAAAAUGUUUCAUAAGAGGAAAAAAGUGAUUACUCAGAGGGAAAGGUCAUUUCUGUGAUGUCCUUCUAAUCGUGAACUCCAUAAGUAUUGCACUAGAUCGUAAUCUAGAUGCAAGAACCUUAUAAAUAAUUUUUCCACCACUGAAUCAUGAUGAUUAAAAAAAAACAAAAAAAAAACAACAGUUUGACAUCUAUAAAAUGACAUGUCUAAUCCUGACUUAAAAUAAGCGAGGCAUCUUCUCGUUACCUACCAAUUGGUACAGAAUAUGUGAUUUUUCUGAACCUAGUAAACAGAAAAUCUUGUUAAGAUGCACACUAGGUGGCACAUUAAAUGAGCUAUUGGGACAUUACAAAAUGGGCAAGACAUAUGUAUUUUUCCUUUGAAAAAUUAAAACUGAAAAGCUGAUCAGAACACAGAUUACAAUCCCUAAUUGUGUUUGCUUCUGGUGUUUUUCUUUUGUUCAAACUGUCUCUAUUUUUUGAUAUUGACAAACCCAUACUUGCCCACUCAUUAAUGCUAAAUUAUAGUAUUUGUGAUAUGACAUUCCCAGAAGCUCCGAUAGUUUAUUGCACUGGGUAACACCUGCACUUGCAUAGAAUCUUAUUUGGCAAAGCAAUAGUCAAAAAAAGGAAAAAUAUUGGCUGGAUUACCACUGACAAGGAGGUAAUAUUUGUGGUUCCGUUCGUUCAUGUGUUAUCAGAAAUACUCAAAAAAAAUUGCUGAAACCCUUUUCAUGAAAAUUGGUGAUAGAGUAAGGCACUCCAUUUGGGGGCUGAUCCAGAUAUUGAAGCAAAUCCAGGAGUUGUGUGUUUGACUUUUAGCACAACAUCU